GAAAGAAAUCAAAUUACUCUACUUUCGGUUUUGAUUUCCCACCUGUCUGAGUAGGCCACUUUGAGGCUCAGAUAAAUGGUGCCAAAGUCUGAAUGUGUGUAUGUGUGAAGGUGCAGGCUGAAGCAUUGACUCUUCCCCGGUUGUUUUGACUAAAAACUCGGAUCUUAUCUUAUGGCAUACCUUCCUGCAGGAGAGGAGGAUGGCGAUUACUCUGAUGAAUGGUCACUCGAUGAAGAUGACCCUCCCAGUAAUAAUGUGCCACAACGAUCAGAACCUGAACGCACUUUGAAUAAUUAUAACAGGAACAACUCAUACUCAAACAAUAAUGGAAGAAAAAAUGGAUCUCUUCCCCAACCACUUUUCUCUAGAAAUGUGCCUAACAGAGAGGAGCCCAGUUCAAAAUUUUCCUCGUCAGAACGUACUCCAUGGGUUCCCAAUUUCGCUGCAUUUCCUGCUAGCAGUUUUCUUACUGCUGAAGACUAUCAACGAGCUGCUGUCCGAGGAAAUUUGAAUGUUAUCGAACGAUGUUUGGAGCAAGGAAUCUGCGUGGAUGAGGCGCUCCGCCAUGGAUGGACAGCUCUGAUGUUUGCCGGAAACUACGUGCAGGUGGAGGCUGUUGGGCUCCUCUUGAAGCACGGCGCUAAUCCAAAACACGCCGUAGACAUGUACUGCCCCCUGAUGGCCUCGUGUAAUGCGUGCUCGGGGAUGGACGAACAGGUCGGAGAAUGUGUCAGCCUGCUGGUGGAGGCCGGGGCAGACGUCAACGCCAAAGACAGGCACCACACGACGUCUCUGAUGCUGGCGUGUCGCGAGGGACAUGUGUCGGCCGUCAGGCAGCUCCUACGACUCGGGGCAGCGGUCAAUGCUCAGGACUCCAAAGGCUGGACCGCUCUAACGUGGGCCACCCAGCGUCAGCGUAAGGCCAUCGUUGUGGAACUUCUGGACGCCGGAGCCGACUGUAACAUACAGCACCUGGACAAACUGACCGUCAAAGAUUUGGCCGCUCACUUGCCGUCUGACGAGAUGCUGGCUCUGCUCGAGCGACGGCCCGCCAACAUUGUGAACAGUUCCGGAGACACGGUGAUCGAGACGGCCAAAAUGUCGGCCACAACCGGCCAGCUGCCUGCGGAGCUGUCUCACUGCACUCUGGACUCGGGAGAAGCUCAAGCCAAACUGACUGACCUGAGGUACGGCGAGCUGGAAGUUUUCCUCAUCGGCCUUGACCUUCCCCACUUGGUGCGCGUGUUCCAACAACAGCUGAUUGACCUCAACCUUUUGCUCACGCUGACGGAGCAGGAUCUCAUUAGUGCUGGGGUGUCACAAGUUGGUGCCAGGAAGAAAAUCUUAGACGCGGUGCAGACCAUCCACAAGAAGGACUGGGAGCCCUCCUGCCUGGUGUCUAUCCACUACAACAAACGAAUCACAUGUGCUGAUGCUGUCGCCAUGGUUGCGAACUCCUCCAAACACGUGCGCUACAUCGCAAGCACAAUGAUGUACGUGAAGGGGCAGCUGAGGAAGCACCCGGACAGCAUCACUCAGUCGACGGACCGUGUGUCCCCCGCCCAGUUGCUGCGACACGCAGAGGACGCAGCGAGGAACGCCGCCACGCUACAGCAGGAGCUGAGGACCAUACAGAGAGAGCUCAGACUGGAAAUGGCUCGGCGAAACUGCAAACCACCUGACCUGAUCGAGCAGACAGACAAGAGGUCAAGGUUACUGUCAGUAACUUCCCUUACAGCAGCCACCCUGGCUGUGACGUUAUCGGCAGUGUUGUACCUGAACAGAGAGACAGUCUCCGAAUUUGUGUCCUCGGUUGUGCCAGAUUUUCUCACCAGACACAGAUAGCAGAGGUGGGCAGAUUGGCCGCUGGGCAUGAUGUGUUCACAUGGGGAGGAGAGAAAACUAGGGGGGGGAGGAAGAUGUGUGCGUGCUUGUGUGUGUGUGUGUGCUUGUGUUUGCUCAUCUUUGUGUGU